UUACAGCAGAGGUUACAUGAGAGGUUCCACUGGUGGAUCUAGAAGAGGUUCCAUGAGUGGUUCAAGGGGAGGUUCAAUGAGAGGUUCUAUGCUUAAACAUCAUUUCAAAAUAUUACUAAUCCUCUCCUUUGCUGGAUACAUUAAUAGCUUCUCUCUGUACAAUGUCUGUCCUCCUGGGAAGAUGUUCAGAAAAGUGAAGAUCUACUAUUUAUGCGUCCCCAUUCAACCUCAAGGCAAAGAUCCAUUUCCUAACUCUAACCUCAACACUGUCAGGGGACCCGGGAUAGGUAUACUCCCCUCAGUCUGGUCAAUGAAAGGUGACAUUACCCGUAUAAAUCCUACGGAUAAAAUAGCUGAGGAACCUGAGAAGUUUUGGGACAGCAAAAGUGUCAUUCGGUACAUCAAGGGGCUUACUUUUAAAAGAGAUGGAGGUGAUUACGCAGAUGACUCCCCUCCGAUUUAUCAAGAUGAUUUACAGGAAUCUCCUCCAAUUUAUCGAGAUGAUUCCCUGGACUCUCCUCCGAUUUAUCGAGAUGAUUCAGAGAAAUCUCCUCCGAUGUAUAAAGACGAAUUCAUGGAAUCCCCUCCGAUGUAUCAAGAUGAUAUGGAGGAACAAGUGGCGGAGUCGCAAGAGCUGGAGCCCACAAAGCAAAAAAGGAAAUGGAGGACUAGACGUGGGUUCAAGGAGGCUGACCUUAACACUCUUGGAGGAUUCAGUUUUGGUCUUAUUGGUAAAAGAAGUGGAACUGAGGAUAACUUGGAACCUUUGGAUGUUGUAAACACGGCCUUGAACACCCAGGAGAAGAAGAGCAGCAGGUCGGCUGAUGAGGAAUAUCUUAAGAAAAUUGGCGGAUUCAGCUUCGGGCAUGUUGGGAAACGGAGUCCGUUCCGCUGGGGGAAAAACCUGGGUUUGUUACGAGAAAAUGCAAAAACCCGGACCAGGGGGGAAAUAGAGGUUCUUGACAUGAAGGAUUUCAAUUUAGUCCCUUGCAAAAGAAAUGUCUUGUGUAAUUCUGAUUUGGAGAUGAAUACUGAACACGAUGGCAAGGAAAAAUAUUAUGAAAUGGAUGAUUAUUCUUAUCUUCCUGCGUCAGUUGUAGACCCCCGUCUGUUGUUUAUAAGAUACGGAAAGAGUUUAAAUGAUGUACAUCAUCCAGGAAAAAAUAUGAAAAGAAGAAUCAGGCCCAAAAUGUACAUUUCCAGGCAUCCUAGUUUCCACGGACAAAGCGUAUUUGGAGUCCUGAGACCAGGAACUCGGGAACUUGAAAGAAUCUCCAAUAAGAAGAAACGAAAUUCGGUUGUUGGGAUAAACCAAUGGGGGAAGCGGAAAUAG